UUGAUUGGACGAAAACCAGUACAAGGAGAAUUUAUGGCGUUUGCAUAUGAAACUCUUGAAAAACCCGAAGUGAUUAGUAAAGAGCUGCUUAAAAAAAUGCAAGUGAUAACCUGCACGGUUGAAAUGGUGCAAACAUAUUUCUUUUUCUGGGACGAUUUUGAGGAUGGCGGUAGAAUACGUUGCGGAAAGCCAUGUUGGCAUUUACGUCCAGACACUGGGUCGUUAGCGUUAAACGACGCCUGUAUAAUGAGAAGCUUUAUUGAAGAAUUAGUUAGACAAAAUUUCACGGCAGAACUAUGUGACAAUAUUUUGCGCAUAUAUAAUGGGAUAUAUUUUAUUGGUGCGAUAGGCCAAUACUUGGAUACAAUUGCAGCCAGAUCAAAUAAUUACGAUAACUUUACACGAGAACAAUACAACGCUACAAACGUAAUGAAAUCAUCGUUUUUCUCUGUCAAAUCACCGAUUUUACUAGGAUUAGCACUUGCUAAUAAGCUCAGUGAAGAAUCCUGCAAUCACGUGGAUAAUGUUUGUGAUGAUAUUGGCGUGUUAGUACAAAUUCAUAAUGAUUUAAUAGAUGUUUUUAAUAUAGACGGAUCAGUGACUGGCAAGAAUGGCACAGAUAUACAGGAAAGAAAAUGUUCUUGGGUAGCCGUUGCUGUUUUAGAGAAAUGUAAUACAGAACAAAGGCGCAUUUUCGAAGAGAAUUACGGCAGCUGGGAUCCGAAGAAAAUAGAUAGCAUUCGCAAACUAUAUGAAGAGUUGGAUAUACUACAACUGUACAAGCAAGAAGAAAAAGCUCGUUAUGAAACGUUCCUUAAAAAAGUUAAUGCUUUGCCCAAAAAUGCAACACCGUCUGCUGACUUCUUCUAUAAAUUUUAUGAUUUAUUUCAAACCUACACACGAGAUAUCACAUGCUUAAUGUACGACAAGCAUUAA